UCGUACGCACACUAACAGACACAUCGCUCAUCGGCAUUCACUGCAUCAAUUAAAUCAAAACAUUUUUCUUUCUUUGCUUUCAUCGCACGUGCCUGACGAGUAGGUACCUAUUUAAUACCUACGGCUAAUCCAAAUCUAUAUAACGCAGAUAGUAGCAAAACAAAGUGAGCGAGGAAAUGUAAUUAAUGUGAUUUUGCUGUUAUAAAAAUUACUACAACGUAUAAUUAUACAAUUAUACUACAACGAGAAAUAAUUGUAUUUUACCAAAAUCUAACACAAUAAUUCAAAUCACAAAAAUUGUCAGUUCAUUGGUGAUCAUGAUAAAAGGAAGAAAAAUUAGAAACGCUCAAACCUGUAAUCUGUAUCCUACAUUUUUAAAAAUACAUACCAUUGAACAUAAUUUUACAUUAGACUUCGCCGAAGAAACAUUCUCUCAUAAAGAUGUGCUUUGCAAAUGUAUCCAAGUUCCUGACUAUGAUGGAAAUUUUUUUUGUGAUGCCUUUACUGCACCAAAUGUGAAGUUCAAUAAUGUAAUAAUAUUUAUGAAUUGUGUGCAUUUUGUAUUAAAAUCAUCUUAUUUUUUAGCCAAAUAGUUAUGCAGUUGUCUAUGAUCUUCCUGUAUCUGAGAAGGAUGGAGAGCAGUACACUAUCGUUUUAAAGAAAUGGCUUCACCAAAAGGACAAUGUCACUUACUUAAGUUAUCUGGCAUUGAAAGAAUACCAAAAAUCAUUUCGCUUGAAAAGGAAUCCAGACAAAACAUGGGCAGUAACAUCAGUCAUGGUGGUAGGAUAUUACUACGGUACGAAAAAAUGAUUGGUAUUGUGUCACCUCCAUUUUUGCGUUUAUAAUGUAUAUUAUAUAUACUUAGACACUUACGAAGAUGCAAAAAACUGAGGUAGAAGAAGAUACAGCACAAAACAAAGUUACUACCCAAAUUGAUGAUUUCCAGUAUGAACACCCAAAAGACGAUUCAUUAUCACCUUUACCUCUUCCUAGUAUAACUCCUGCUGAAGAUAUAUCAACUGCUGCUGAACAAAUAUCAAAUAUUGACAUGUCGUUGACAGAUAUACCUGUGGUGAUCAUUCCUUCUCAGCAAGAUAGAACCUCGCUUCAUUCUAAUACUCCAGAUCUGCCUUCCCCAAUGGAUAGUGUUCUUACAAAUGAAGCAGUUUAUAGUUUGCUUCAAAAUAUUCAUGAUAGUGGUGAAAUGCGAUUUACUAUUACAAAGUCAUACAGACCGAUUACGAUUAAUAGCCAUAAAGAAAAAGUUAAACAUUGCGCAGAUCCACCAAAAUGUACCAGUUCUAUCAACGGAACUGCCAAUCAAAACAAUUGAUGAACUAGAACUUUUUGAGCAGGAAGCUCAAUCGACAGCAUUGCUUCAACUAUUAAAACGUUCAAGCGGGUCAAAUGAAAGAACUACAAUUUUUAAAAUGCUUUCAAAGGUUUUUGACUUUGCUACCAUUUGCUUGUGGAGGGGUCGGAAGCAAAAUCACAGUGUUGAAAAUUUACAGUUAAUUAAAGUCAUGCCUGAAGCAGUUCGUGAUUUAAAAGACCAAGCAAUUGAGCAAGCUGAAAUUGAUUGGUUCCGUUCUGCUCAACAAAGAUUUUCUAGAAGAAAAAAUGUUUAAAUAGUUAAUGUUUAAUGCG